AGUGCGUUGAUUCGUGUUUAGUUCAAGUUGUUUAUGUGCUCCUGCGUCAUUGUGCAACGGAGAGUGAGCAAGAGAGAGACACAGACUAAUUUUUAGUUACUUUCUUUAGUUUAAAAUAUAUAAGACUUGAACGGAGCACGAGGAGAUUCGCGCACGAGAGAUAGAACGAGAGAGAGAGAAAUAGACAGAGACAAACCGACCGCGGCAAGGCAACGCUCGCACAGUAGUACAGUGUACUUGCUCGCACGCGCAGCGCCACACCGCUACGACGACAUAUAACCUCAUCUCUUCGACUUCUUUGACUAAAGUUUGACGAAAAUUCGGUCUACAUGAAUGUGUUUUGCACAGGUGCUCUGACUGACCGACGCGAAGCAGCGGCUCGCACAAGUUGCAAAUCCAGAGCUGGAAGUGCGCUCUGGGCUAAAAACUCCAGCACAGCCCGGGUCGUCCACGAGACAAGCGCGGAGUUAUCGGCACGAGACAUUUCUGAUUCGAACAUGGCGACUAAAGUGACCGGCAACGGCAUUGCGGCGCAACAGCAGCAGCAGUCGCAGCCACAGCCGGAGUCGACGCAAUCCGAGAUGCCGGUGCCAAAGCCUACCACCCUGGAGACAGCCCCCCAGAAUCCGCCAGCGUCUCAGGACCCGGUUUCCAAGCUCGAGAAAACUGUUGCGAAAGCUGGCCUUUCCUACGCACGUGUUGUCAACCCCAAGGCUGCAUCUGCUCCCGUUGAAGUCAAUUCAAAACCUGCAGCUGAGACAGCAUCUACAAAAGAGAACAACAAAGAAAAUAUUGCUCGUGAGUCGUCAGGUUCCAGGCAGUCCACAGACUCAAACAAGAAAGUGUUCAAAAGGCCUGUCAAUCGCAAGGAAAAUCACAGGCAUCCUACUAUAGAGCGUCGAGUAAAUGGCAAUCGAGCUCUACACAGUAAUAGUAGCUCAGCUACUGUUGAAUCUAAGGAGACCAAUGCAGCUCUUAAAAAAAGAGCAGCAUCUCACAGUCGUUCCAAUGGAAACGUUAAAAAUACAACUGAAGAAGUUGUGAAAAAUGGUGAUAUUGGGAGUGAUGGCGAAUUUCAAACAGUAGCACCUAAAAAUGCCCGGCGCAAAGAAAAGCGUGACAGAAAAGAAUUUGUUGAAGCUCCUCAUCCCCGUCACAGAGAAAGGCAAAGGCCUUUUCCAAGCAAUGCGCAUAGCGGAGACAGAGUACACAAAGAAAAAGACCAUGCUAAAGAAAUUAGCAAACAAGAGAAAGAAAAAGAUGUUAAAGAAAAAGUGAAAGAGACUAAAGAAAAAGUAAAAGAACAUAAGGAAAAAGUACAAGAAAAAGAAGUUGCUAAGGAAAAAGAAAAGGAAGCAGAACCUCGGGCCGAAGAAGCUGAAUCUGUACCUGUUAAAUAUGUAGCAGCUCCAUUACCCACAGUCAACCCUUGGACUAAGAGCAAGGUUGCAGUAGCACCUUCACAAGUCUCGGCUGUUCCUAUCGCUACGCCAACCCCUGUACCUGCUCCCCAGACUCCAGCCCCUAUUGUUAAACCUGUUGAAAAGCCAAUGAUUGUUGAGAAAGAGAAGAAAGUUCUUCAGCCACAGGCACCAAAAAAUAAAAUAGUUGAAAAUGGAACGUCCACAACGGUACAACCGAAUACUGUGAAAGUUCCAAAAGAAAAAAGAAAAUUGGCCCAAAAUGCUCAAAAUGCUCAAAAUGCCCAAAAGGCUAGCGACUAUGCAUAUGUCGGCGAUUGGCCAAGUCUUGGAGCUCAAGGCGAGGUAAAAAAGCCUACCGUUAAUGGCUCAAAACAAAUCAACGCUACGGAACAGCAACAGCAGCCCCCACAGGAACAGCAGCAAUCGCAACAGGCGCAGCAACCGCAGCAGCAACAACAAGAGCAGCCUCAGCAGCAGGCUCAACAGCAGCCACAAGUCAAAGAGGGCAGCGUUGGACCCUCUGAAAAAAAAGCGAAGCCUGAAACUUUUGAAACAAAUGGUGAACUAGAAGAAGUUGACGAUAAGAAGAAGAAGGCAAAAAAACAUAAUUGGGUACCAUUCGAAAUCGAUGUGCCGAAAACCCGUGCCAAAAGAGAUCGUUCUCCAAAACAUCACAUGAUACGAGAUAGAAAUAAUGAAUCUUACAGACGUAUUGAUGAAAACAAUAGGGACUAUGAUAACCAAUCUCAGUACAAUUCGAAUAAUAUUCGGGGUGGACCUCGUAAUAAUAGAGGAGGUUUCCGUGGUCGCGGAAGAGGUAGAGGUAAUCCUACUCGAUCUACAUUCAGACCUAGACCUGAAUUCAUGAACUUUGCAAACGAUUAUAAUCAGCAUAAUAAAUAUGCAGUAGACCCCAGCUACUUGGUGCCUAUCCUAGGUACACUGUACUUCCAAGAAGGCCCACAAUAUGUAAAUAAUGAAUAUCACACUAUCAAAGAAUUGGUCAAAAAUCAAGUAGAGUAUUACUUGAGUGAAGAUAAUCUUGUUAGAGACUUCUUUUUGAGGCGUAAAAUGGAUAGUGAAGGAUUUUUACCUGUCUCUUUAAUAUUUUCUUUCCACCGUGUGCAAGCAUUAACUACAGACAUGCAAGUGCUUUUGGAUGCAAUGGCAGAAUCGAGUAAAUUGGAAUUAGUAGAUAACUGCAAGGUUCGUACAGUAUUUGAACCUCAAAAAUGGCCGAUUCCGGAUUCAAAUAACUUGACACCAAUUUCUGAUGCAUCUGCGAAUCCGUCAACUGCAGAGGUUGUAAUGGAUGACGUUAACCCAAAUUCAAUUCCAUUACAAAAUGCUGUGGUACCUGGAAAUGUAAAUUUUCACCCAGCCGCACCAUUAUCAAAUAUUCCAAUAGCACCGUUAUUUCCUGUUUUAUUAAACAAUGAAGAAACGAUUGAAGUUCAAGUAACCGAAUCUGAAACAGAAGAUGUUAAAACCAUCGAUUUUGGUGAAACUUUGAAUCCGGAAGUACCUGAAUUCAUUCCAGUUACUUAUUCGACCAAUCUGACUGAAAAUAUCAAUGGGAUCACGGAACAACCUCAACCAAUAGAAAAAAUUGUUAAUAUUAGUGCAAAUGACGAAAACAACACGAUUGACGCGAUAAAUUUAGUAACACAACAAAAUAAUGAACCACUUAUGAAUGGCGAGGCUGCUCAGCAAGAAAAUAAGUGGCAAGAGGUUAAGAAAAAAAUGAAGCAACCUUCAAAAGAAAAGACUGACAAUAAAACCGAACCUCCGAGCAUUGAAAUAGAAAAAGAAGAGUUGGAUUUUCAGUUUGAUGAAGAUUUGGAAAUGCCUGCUUCUGGUCGCAACAAUGCUUUCUCUGAAUGGUCGGAAGAUGAAGAAGAUUUCGAACUUUCUGAUAAUGAUAUAAACAAGCUGUUGAUCGUUACUCAGAAUACAGCAUCGACUAGAGUCCCGAAGCACGAUGGAUACGAUCGUACAGGUGAUUGGACUUCUCGAGUCAAAAUUUCGCAAGAAUUAUUUGAAACUAUCAAUGAUGGUCUUUAUUACUACGAAGAAGAUUUAUGGAAUCAAAGGGAUGGAGCAACUUCUUCGUCGGGAAGUUAUAAAACUAUUAAUGUUAUAAGUAAAGAAGAAUUUGACCGACUUUCUUCCAAAUCCCAGCAAAACAAAACGAAUCCUGCUGUACCUCCACCACCUCCAAAUACUGUACAGAAUCGUGCUCCGUCUCAAUCAUCGAAAGUGUUGAACAAUGCCGAUAAUAGUAGGCGCGAUCUUUUAGCUCGUCGAACAGUCAUCAGGCCAAAACAAAUUCCAAGAUUUUUCCCAGUUGGUAAGGAAUCGAAUCUCGAUCCUUGCAUUGCUCGUAAACGAAAAACAAGGCAUAGUAAAAACCCCCCAGUGGAGCACCAUGUGGGUUGGGUUAUGGAUGUUCACGAGCAUAGACCUAGAAGGUUAUCCACUAGUAGCAGUACAGGUACCAGUCCAAAUGAUGGUCAUCUAUCCAAUAGUUAUGGAAGUCAAUCGUUACCUCCGUUUGAACACCCUAGUCAUUCACUUCUAAAACAAAAUGGUUUCACACAGCUGGAAUACCAUAAAUUCCGUAUAAGAUGUUUAAAAGAACGGAAACAACUUGGUGCUGGUGGUUCUCAAGAAAUGAAUACUCUUUUCCGAUUCUGGUCUUUCUUCUUGAGAGAAAAUUUCCAUAGUAAGAUGUAUCAAGAAUUCAAAACACUGGCUUUUGAGGAUGCUGCUAAUGGUUAUCGAUAUGGAGUUGAAUGUCUCUUCCGUUUCUACAGUUACGGCCUUGAAAAACGUUUCAGAAAGGAACUUUAUGAAGACUUCCAGGAAGAAGCCAUCAAAGAUUACGAGAUAGGGCAACUCUAUGGCUUGGAAAAAUUCUGGGCAUUCAUGAAAUAUUAUCCCAAGUCGGCACACCUUCAAGUUAAGCCAAAAUUGAAAGAAUACCUUAGCAAUUUUAAGACUAUCGAAGAUUUUAGAGUAGAAGAGCCGGAAAUAAAUGAACUACGUACGAAGCAAAAUCUUCCAGCUUUACAGCGUAAUAGAAGCAUUUCUGAAAGUGGAAGUGCAUAUGUCGUAGUAGAAAAUGGCUCAUCUUCGGUACAUCAUCAAUCCAGACCGAACGUAAAUUUCACACAAUAUCGUAAACGAACAGGUUCGUUUUCGGGUAAAGUACCUCAAUCGAGAAGUCGGCAUAAUUCUGGCUCAUAUCGAGCUCAAGAAUUUGUCAAUCCAGCGAAAAAUUGAAAAAGAUUAGCUUUUUCAAUCUUAGUUUAUGAUCGAUAAGACGAGAAAAUUAAUUUUUCUAAUGAAAAGAUAUCUUAAUAAGCGAAAAAAUUUGAUGCGUCUACGUGAUUAGAUUGGAAUCAAAUUGAUCAUAUUGACCAAAUUAAGAUGAUCAUUUUGAAUCAAAAUGAUGCUCAAUGAAGAAUAAUUUCAUUUUUUGAAAUGUCACAAAUUUGCCGUUUGUACAUAAAUGGAUUUCGACGUUUCAUUUUGAAUCACAUUCAAUCGAAAUUCAUUUGCAUAACUGACUUGAAUAUAGAUAAUCGGAAAACCGUUUUUACGACUAAAUAGUUGAGAAGAUUAUACUAUCUUUUACUCACAAACACAACAAUCGUAGUCUUCCAUAGUGGAUCGACUUCAUUGUUUUUUUUUUUUUUUUUUUUUUU